CGCACGGAGGGGAGGAGAGGCGGGCCUGAAGCCCCCCUCUGCCGACAGCCACGGGUGGAUAGACCAGGAGAUGUGUGUCCAGCCUAAAACGGGAUCCUCAGGCCGGGGAGGGGCAGAAGUUGGGCCUGAGGCCUGGACCGGUCACUUAGGCGAGGACCCGAUCCCUGCCUGAAGGAUGAAGACUUGUCUUUAAGGCCGACAGCUGAUCCUUCCCUGACAGCACCCUUCUUCCUUUGGCCCUGGCUCUCACGCGUUCACAUCCCUCCUGAGGAUGCCUGCGCCGUAGAGCUCCCGGGACAGGGACUUGUCAGAAACAGGCAGCCUUUCCCCCUCGGUGAGGUGACUGGGGUUUUCUUCUCCAAAGUAACUUGUCCUCAAAGCUAUUCAACCAUCACCCCUCACUGCCUCACCCUCUUCCUUCACCCCAGGACCGUCUUCCCCUCCAGCCCACCCCCAACCUCCUUUGUCCUGGUUUCUGGUCAUAUUCCCUGUCCCCUCCCACCCCACUCCCCCACCAGCCUCCCAGCUAUCCCAGCACCCUCCUUCCUAAUCUCAGGAGGCAUCUCGUCUGGCUGAACUGGAGAAUUCCGGGAUCUAGGCCAUCCUCCAUAGCAGACAGCCCCAUCCCUGGGAUGAGGAACAGGAGAGAGCUUGGGAGGAGGCGGGGUGGUGUCAGGAGCCCCGAAGACUGAGACUGUGGGGAGCCUGGGACUAAGGGGAAGGCCAAGGAGCCAGAGGCAAAGGACGAAGGCGGCCAGCAGGAGGUAUUAGCUGGGGGAGGCCAGCAGCGGUCUUUUCUGAGACAGGAACACAUGGGCACAGAGGCAAGUGGCCUUAGCUGUCCAAGCCCCUGGGCCCCAGCAGGUCACCUGGCCAGCACAUAGCUUUCACCUUCCAGUCCCCUCAAACUGACUGCGCCCUUGUCCUAUAACGUGAGCCCUCACAAAGAGAUCGCUCUGUACAAUAGACAAUACCCAGAUUUCCACGCAGAAAAGAGGAAUGACAAGAGGCUCUCCUGGGGUGGGGUGGAGUCCUGUUGGAUUUUGACAGCAGAUGUGCUGUCCAGGGAAAAGAAAUUUGGAUAGCCAGGAACUGAAAACCCCACCAAUCUAAAAUAAGACCUCCAUGGCUCUUCCCCAGGGAUAAACACAUACUGCCAGAUCUCUCCUGGACAAAACCUCUGCUCCCUUUCCCAUCUCUUCCCCAGCCAGGUCCCAAGAUUCCAGCUCCCCGGGAAAAAAAGGAUCCCCCUAUGUAGAUCUUCCCUGCGGUGUGUGUGGGUGGAGGAGCUGGGCCUCAUUAGUGGACCAUGGUCCAGGGCAGGGGAUCCAGGCCCAGCACGGGUAGGAGGAGAAGGCGUCACUUCCGGGGGCCUUCACCAGUGUCUGGUGGCUCUCUGCUCUCUGAUUGGGCAGACGUGGCCGGGUCAGACGUGUGACCCCACUGCUGUGGAAGGGCUGUGCCCCAACGCCACAUGUCUUCCUAUUCAUCUGCUCUCCAGAGAGCUGUCCACUGUGCACCUGGGCCCUUAAGCCCUUCUCUACCUGGACAGAUUCCAGACCUCUUCCUCGGCCCACCUGUGCCCCACCCCACUCUGCCCAGAAGUGCAAGAGCCCAAGCCGCCUCCAUGGCCCCAGGAAGGACUCGGGGGAGGGGUCCCAUAAAGGGAGCCGCUCCAGCCAGACACCCCAGCCAGAAUGGAGCUGACUGAUUUGCUCCAGGUGGUCCUUCUUCUCCUCACUGCAAGACUAACUCUGUCCGGCUCAGCUCCACCUGCCUGUGACCCCCGGCUCCUAAAUAAACUGCUUCGUGACUCUCACGUCCUUCAUAGCAGACUGAGCCAGUGCCCAGAAGUUAACCCUUUAUCCACACCCAUCCUGCUGCCUGCUGUGGAUUUUAGCUUGGGAGAAUGGAAAGCCCAGACGGAGCAGACCAAAGCACAGGACAUUCUAGGAGCGGUGACCCUUCUACUGGAGGGAGUGAUGGCAGCGCGGGGACAGCUGGGACCCACGUGCCUCUCAUCCCUCCUGGGACAGCUUUCUGGACAGGUCCGCCUCCUCCUUGGGGCCCUGCAGGGCCUCCUGGGGACCCAGCUUCCUCCACAGGGCAGGACCACAGCUCACAAGGACCCCAACGCCAUCUUCCUGAGCUUCCAGCAGCUCCUCCGAGGAAAGGUGCGUUUCCUGCUGCUUGUAGGAGGGCCCACCCUCUGCGCCAGGCGGGCCCUGCCCACCACCGCUGUCCCAAGCAGUCCCUCUCUGUUGCUCACACUAAACAAGCUCCCAAACAGGACUUCUGCGUUGCUGGAGACGAACUCCAGCGUCUCAGCCAGAACUACUGGCUCUGGACUUCUGAACAGACGGCAGGGAUUCGCAGCCAAGAUUCCUGGUCUGCUGAAUCAGACUUCCAGGUCUUCAGACCGAAGCCCUGGACACCUGGACAGGACACCAAGACCCUUGAACGGAACUCAUGGACUCCUUCCUGGAGCUUCAGCCAGGGCCCUGGAAGUUCCAGCCAUUCCACCUGGAACUUUGGACACAGGCUUCCGGCCACCCCACCUCCAGCCCGGAUACUCUGCUUCCCCAGCCGCUCCUCCUGCUGGGCAGUGCACACUCUUCUCUCCUUCGCCCACCUUGCCCACACCUGUGGUCCAGCUCCACCCCCUGCUUCCUGACCCUUCUGUGACAGCCAACUCCAGCAGCCCUCCGCUACCCACAUCCCACCCUCACUCCCAGAAUGCAUCUCAGGAAGGGUAAGGUGCCCACGCACAGCCACACGGGAGGGCUCUGCCCGGCACCUGCAGCUCUACCCGAUGCCCUGCUUUUACCUGCAAGCCGAAGCGCUGGCAGAGGGGGAGGCCCAGGACAGAGAUAUUUUUUUUUAAGCUAUUGACAAUAUGUAUUCAUCAGAGCAGCUAGUUAUCUUUGGUGUUUUCUGUGUAAUUUUGCAAAUCACUAAUUAUCGAUGUGCUCUUUUUCAUGGUAACACUACAAAGGCUUGGCCUGGCCUGCCUGGUCCUUGAAUAGAGGUAGAUUAACCUUGUGUCAGAAAA